AUAACCAAACACACUAGAGAGCAUGGUCUCUUGGCAAAGAGAAAUGAGGGGAAAUUGAUGGUAAAAAGUAUAAAAGCGGAAAAGAAUCGCGUUUCAAAUUCAAAAUCAUUAGUUUCUUACUUCUACUUACCUUCACCAUUUGUGUUCGACGAAUGCUUCUACUUCCCUCGCUUUUCUAGCCGAGACGUAAAAACUAAAUCAUGGAGCGCGAGAGUGGGAACAGUGAUCAACGCCGUGUGGGUUUACUCUACGACGAGAAGAUGUGUAAGCACCACACACCAGACGACGAUUACCAUCCCGAGAGCCCUAAUCGCAUUACUGCUAUUUGGAACAAACUUCAAACCGCUGGCAUUCCUCAACGAUGCGUUAUAUUGGAUGCUAAAGAAGCUGAAGACAAACAUAUACUCUUAGUGCACUCCAAGAAUCAUGUAAAACUGAUUAAGAACAUUAGCUCGAAACAAUUUGAUUCGCGAAGGCAUAAGAUGGCCGCAAAGUUGAAUUCUAUAUACUUUAAUGAAGGUUCAACGGAAGCUGCUUACCUUGCUGCUGGCUCUGCUGUAGAGGUUGUGAAAAGAGUGGCAAGUGGGGAAUUGAAUUCUGCUGUUGCUAUUGUUAGACCUCCUGGUCAUCAUGCAGAACAAAAUGAAGCUAUGGGAUUUUGUCUGUUCAACAAUGUGGCAAUUGCAGCACGUUAUCUCUUAGAUGAAAAACCAGAAUUAGGUGUAAAGAAAAUUUUAAUUGUUGAUUGGGACGUCCAUCAUGGAAAUGGUACUCAAAAAAUGUUCUGGAAUGAUUCUCGAGUUUUAUUCUUCUCUGUUCACAGGCAUGAGUUUGGGAAUUUUUAUCCGAGCAAUGAUGAUGGCUUUUAUACCAUGAUUGGAGAAGGAGCAGGUGCUGGAUAUAAUAUAAAUGUGCCCUGGGAGAAUGGGAGAUGUGGUGAUGCAGAUUACUUUGCUGUGUGGGACCACAUCUUGCUCCCUGUUGCGAAAGAAUUUAAUCCAGACAUAAUUAUAGUUUCUGCCGGAUUUGAUGCAGCUGUUGGUGACCCUCUGGGAGGAUGUCGUGUCACACCAUUUGGUUAUUCUGUUCUGUUGAAAAAGCUGAUGAAUUUGGCUGAAGGUAAGAUUGUACUGAUUUUAGAAGGAGGAUAUAAUCUCGAUUCCAUUGCAAAAUCCAUGCGUGCUUGUUUGGAAGUUUUGCUAGAAGACAAGCCUGUUAUUGGAUCGUCAGAGGCCUAUCCGUUUGAGUCUACAUGGCGUGUGAUUCAAGCGGUUCGACAGGAGUUAAGUCCCUUUUGGCCUACACUUGCGUGUGAAUUACCACAAAAGUUAAUUUCUCAAAUGGCACCACCUCCGCAUACUCUUAUCUUGAGCUCUGACUCUGAGGCUGAGGAUGAUAAGGGUGCAAUAAAUUCAGAAAAUCUUGGAGAACUUCUUGAGGAUGUCAUUAAACCACUUACCAAUCUGAAAAUUGAUGCUGAUGAAGAAAUUGAUGCUUCUAGUUCUUGGCGAUCGGAAUUGUCAAAUGUUCACAUAUGGUAUGCCUCUUAUGGAUCAAAUAUGCUGAAAGCAAGAUUAUAUUGCUACAUAGCAGGUGGACAGGUGGAAGGUAUGCAGAAGAACUGUUCUGGUUCGAAGAACAGAACUCUGCCAGCGGAAAUCCUGUGGAAGACUUUCCCUUGUCAUAUAUUCUUCGGUCGUGAUUCAUCUCAUUCAUGGGGUCUUGGAGGAGUUGCAUUUCUUAAUCCUGAGAAAAAUUUUCAGCACAACACUUUCAUGUGCCUGUACAAAAUUUCGCUAGAGCAGUUCAAUGAUAUUUUGUUUCAGGAAAAUGGUUUAAGCCUUAAUGUGGGCUCUCCUUUAUUUGAUGUAACUACCCUGAAUGCUGUCUCUGACAACGAGUUCAAUUCUCUGGAGGUUGUCAAGGGUGGUUGGUAUGGUAAUGUUGUCUACUUGGGAAAGGAGCAGGAUAUUCCAAUUAUUACCAUGACGUGUUCGCUUAUUGAUAUUGAACACUUCAAAUCUGGUAAAUUACCGUUACAUGCCCCUAAUGAAGCGUAUGCCAACACCUUAAUAAAAGGGUUGGUAGAGGGAGAACAGCUUUCAGAGGUGGAAGCCGUUGCUUACAUAGAAGGUGCUGCUAAAUCGCUGUGAUUUGCAUAGGCGUAGCAUUUACUUUUGGUGUAAAAUCUUCCAGAGCAGCUUACUAUUACAGAAAUAUUCCAUUGUCGUAGAUACUAGGUAACAAAAACCCAUGAUAGGGCUUCAAGUUGCUGCAUAUUUCUCGCUAGUUUCAUGUGUGCCUCGUGCAUGAGCUACUUUUAUCAUCUACAAAUCAAUGCUGGUACCUGAAAUGCAUGUAUAUUUUUUGUGAUAACAUUUGGUGGUAACUAGAAUAUUGAAGUAUAGUAAUUCUCUAAAUGAUUGAAUUGCUGCUUUAUUGCUACCGUUUUAUCGCAUGUACAUUUAUUGCUGCUCCUAUGUUUAAGUUAGAAAGGGUUUAAGGCUAAAGAUUAUAUAGGCAUUGGUUUAAGGGAUACAAUGUUUAACAAGCUUGAGGCUUGAGACUUAUUUCCUUUAUAUAGGCAUUGGUUUAUCCU